UCUUCUUUUUGUUUCUUCGUGGACGUUUUUUUUUAUUUUGGUUUCACCAGACAUUCGUAACAAAACAAAACACCGGCAACUGGUAACAAAGCAGCAUCCACCCCUUAUUUUAACGUGGGCACUUCGUAGCAAAUUUUUAACAGGAUAUUCGAAUGAAGCGAUAAAGGUGAAGGAAUAUGAUUCCCGCUAAUAUUAAACGAGAAAUACCUGAAUUUGUUUGCCACUACUUAGCAUUUGUGGAUAGUUUUGUUGACCUUCAAAGGCAGAAGACUUGGUGGGUAUUUACAAAAAAUUUAAAGUUCUUUGAAUUUUAUCGCAAAACACUUGUGGCCAGUGUAAAUCUUUCGAACACAUGUCUACAAAAUGUAAAGGAUCAAAUAAUGGCGUAUGAAGGCCCGAAAUAUUCAUCUUAUGAUGAGAAUACUGUGCCAAGCUCGUUUAAUAUUUGCGUUGGAAAAUACGUUUUUCACACUUUGAAUGUGCUGAAAGUCUAUGUAAUAGUAAAGUGUUGGGAUAAAUGUGUUAUAUUGCAGCGUUUGCCCAAUAAGGGUGGAUUUACAAUAAUUGGUGAACAUGAAAAUCUUUAUGGCUUUCGAAUUGUGCAUGGAUCCGUGAAGUACUCAACAGUAUUGGAGCUGGAGUUUGUUGGCGGAUCGGUAUUAAAAUGUGAUUUUGAAAAAGAGAAAAUAGAAAUAAAUGAUUUUGAGAAUCAACGGUCGGAAUUGAAGCAACUGUUGGAUCGCAUUCGUAGCGCUAAGUCAGAGUUGAAGCUACAUGAAAGCUUAACCGCACAAUCUUUCGAUCGACUACAAGAUAAAUUAACCUAUGGUCUUCCACAUGUGAGAAGUUUGAAGUUGGAAGAGAAGCAGAUAUUGGCACGUUGUGGCGAUAUAUGGAAAAGACUUACUUCGCAGAAUGAUCUAGUAGUUGGAGUACCAUUAAUAAAUCAAUGUUCUGCACAGAAUCUUACAAUAAUCCACAAUAUAUAUCCUCUUUUGGAUGUCGGUUCCGGUAAUGAAGAAUCGUCAACGUCAAUCAAAUAUCGUUUGUAUCAACUUAAAUUGUCAUUCUAUGACUUGGAUAGCAUUGAAACAUUUCUACAAUCUGAGGAUGAGGAUUUUCAAAAGAAAACAUGGAUUUCAAGUGUAGAUUGUCAGCUACUCCCCGAGUCGUUUGGAAUUCUUGUUAUGAAAUUUAAAGUGUACGACAUUGUUGACCUUAAUCAAUGUCCAAUUCUGCUUCAAUAUGACGUAUCAAAAAACUAUGGAUCGUCAAUCUCCAAUACAACUUUACAAAUAUAUUUGGGAAUUUUGGACUUCAACGACAUACUUUAUGGACAUCGUACCGAUUACGAAAUAUCAUUUAAAGAAAGCGCUCUACAUCAAGACUUCUUAGCUACAGCUAUGUCUUCGUUUGAACUGAAUUUAGAAAUUACCUUCCAACUUCAAAAUGAUUUGGAUGUUUUUGAAAGUUGUUUGCAAGAAAAAUUCCAGUUUGUAAAAUUACCAUCCUUUACAGAAGAUACCUUACAUCAUACUAUAUACUACAAUCAUUUUCGAAGCUCGCAGUGGUAUGGAUGUGUGUGUUUGCGCUACAAGGAAAUAGAAGAAGAUGAAAAUGAUUACUCAAUAACUUGUUGGAAAUUUUACAUCCCCACUGUGGAAAAUGCUGUAGUUUUUAUGAAAAUAUUUUUAAGUGAUUUAGCUACGCUUAAGUGUAACAUCAUAACAAUUCGGAAUGUUAGAAAGUAUUUGCCUGCUGCCCAAAAUGUUGUAGAAUUUGAAAACGCUUUGAGGGAGGAACUCAAACUACUGAUGGAACUCUUUAAGGAGGAACGAACUGAGGGAAAUUUUGAACAGUGGUCGAAAUUAUUUUCUGAAUUCCAAAGUACUCAAUUGAAUUCUGACAAAAUAUUUAAAAGGUUGAAAGACGAAACAUUGAAUGCUUCGUAAAUGUAUGUAAUAAUAAAAUUGUGUAAAUAUGCUUUAUCUUAGGUUAUUUUUUAAAUUGAAAUCUUUACUUUUUGGAAACGUAAUAUGAUAUAGAGCCAAUUACCAAUUUUUUAAAUACAUUCAAUUUAGAAUUUACCGUUUCGUUGAAUAUAAA